UCACUAUUUCGAAUAAAAGUAGCUUGGCUGUUUUGGAAACUGUACAGGUCAGUAUAGAAUUCUUCCGCUGCUUUUACUAUGUCAUCGAAAUUGCUGAUGAUAUUACCAUGCUUAUCUUUCAGUGCAUACAUCUUGCCUUGUCCUAUGCCAAGCUUUCUUCUUACUGAUUUCAUGCUGCGUCCAUAUUUUACUGCUUCCUCAAUCUUUUCCACGUUAUAAUUUUGGAUAUCCCUUACCUUCUUCUUGUUGAUCAGUUUCAGGAGUUCAGCGAAUUCUAUCUGAUCUCUCGAGUUAGACACUUUCAUGUUUUGCCGUUUCUUUAUUAGGUCCUUUUUUACUUGGGAGAGCUUACCUACUGGUUGCCUUGGUGCCUUACCUCCCACUUCGAUUACUGCUUCUGAGAUCACCCUAGUUACGGUUUCAUUCAUUACCUCUAUGUUGUAUUUAUCUUCCUUUUCUAAAGCUGCAUAUUUGUUUGCGAGCACCAGCCUUAAUUGGUCUGUUUUUACCCUUACUGCCUCUAGGUUGGCCUGUUUCCUCUUGACUAAUUUCACUCUUUCUCUCUUCAAAUUGAGAGAAAUCCUAGACCUCACUAACCUAUGGUCACUGCACUUUACCCUACCUAACACUUCUACAUCCUGCACUAUAGGCUCCGUACAGUGAAGUUUGCUGCGAUUGCUGCGCCAUCUGUCGCAGCGCCGCCAACAAUAAUGAGAUGGCCAAAGCGCGCGGAGGUAUACGUAGGCGCGGCAUCGCUGGUGCUGUUCGGUCGUUUCUGGCGUUGAGACAAUGUCAUCCUUCAGCUCGACUAAUUCUGAUCCAUCGACUGAAAACGUACGAAAAAGGAAGAGGAACAAGUGCCGGUACUGCUGCGUAAAAAACUGCCACAGCCACGAAGGCCAGCCUGGCGUGAAAUUGUACCGAUUUCCAGGCCGUCCGUGGGAGCAAGAACGACGCAAAAGAUGGAUUGUUGCAGUUCGAAGAGUAAACGAGAACGACGGCUCGCCGUGGAUGCCGACUCAGGCGAGCAGGAUCUGCUCCAAACACUUCGUGAACGGCGCAAAAAGCACGAUAGCGACACACCCUGGCUAUCACCCAACUAUCUUCCCGGAUGUUUACAAAGUUCGUCCUAUAAAAUCAACCGACCAGCUGUCGAGGUAUGGAAGGUGGAAGAAAAGAGACGAGGUAAAGUCAGUGGCAACCGGAGAAGGUUGUUGCACCAUUGCCAGUACGGAUACCACACGGGGCAGCCAAGACACAGAUGCAGACACUGCAGGUCACAAUUACUCUUUGCGUCCACCUGGCUUGGAGCUGCUCUGCGCUGCUGCUGCAUCACUACAGGUGGCACAAGAAGAUAAGGCAUGCCAAACUGACGGUGAUUUUGCGGCCUCCAGCAGCUUUAGUGUUCUGUUGUGUUCUUUGCAGGGUAACGAAUCAUGCACCCAGGUUGAGCACAAAAGUGUUUGUAGCGCAGCAGUUCAGUGCAAACCGCCCAUGACUUCACGCCAUAGUGGAUUUGACCACAGAACUAGCUGCUUCACUGGCUAUCAAAGUGUCAAACAGUGCGCGCCUGCUGUCAGGGACCUGUGUGGAGUGACACUAGAUGUGUUUGCUCUACUAAUGAGCAUAAUGCCAGCCUGUGCAGAGCGUAGCUGUGACAUUCCAGUAGCAGACAGGGUUUUGAUGUUUCUGAUGAAGCUUAAGCUGGGCAUCAGCUAUUCAUCUCUCGCAGUACUCUUUUCAGUGAGUCGAAAUACAGUGUCGCGCCACUUUAAUAGUGUCCUGAGAACUCUGAGAACUGCCACCCAGAAGUGGAUUUUUCGUCCCCCAGCUCAUGUAAUAAUGAAAACAAUGCCCGAGUGCUUCAAAGAAAACUACCCAGGCUGUUCAAUGAUAAUAGACUGUACCGAGGUGCGUACAGAACAGCCUAGCACUGUGCAGCAGCAACGAGUUCUUUACUCCCACUAUAAAGGAGGAUAUACUCUAAAGUUUCUUGUGGGCAUUACCCCGUGUGGUGCAGUUUGCUUCUGCUCAAAGGCCUACGGUGGAAGAUGUUCUGAUGCAUACAUCACUGUAGAUUCUGGAUUUUUAGACUUAGUGCAGCCAGGGGAUGUGGUCAUGGCUGACAAAGGAUUUCCGGGGAUAAAGUCUGGGUUGGAACAGGUACAAGCUGUGUUGGUGAUGCCUCCCUUUCUACAAAACAGUGACCAGUUCAGUGAGAGGGAGGUAACAGAGACGUACAAUAUUGCACAGGUUCGUAUUCAUGUUGAAAGAUUGAUCCAGAGAAUUAAGUGUUACAAUAUCCUUAAUACUAGAGUGCCCACAGAGCUGAUCUCGGCAAUGAGUGACGUGUUUCAUGUAUGCUGUGUUCUUGCUAACUUGCAGCCUCCAAUCAUUCGUGAAAGGGGGUCUGCAGGUGAAAGCGUGUAAUAUUAUAUUUUGAUGUGUUAAAUUCAUGACUCCGAUCUCAGACUGUUAUGCUUACUAGGUUUCGAGCUUAUUUAAGUCUUAUAUAAACCAAACAUAGUGAUGAAGGCGUAUGUGUGAAGUUCCAUUGAAUGUAUGCGAGUGUUUGUGUUUAAAAGCUAGUACUGUAUAGUUACUAGGACAGUUCUGUGAAGUUAUUUGCCAGACUGCAUUCUUUCUAAAAGGAAUGUUAAGCUAUCAAUCUUGUAAGUCGUGCCUUGCAAUGUAAAUAAAAUUUCCUAUGUGUUCUUUUGAA